AUGGCUAAAAUACAAGCAAUGGAAGGGUGGAAAAGAGCUCCAAAGGGCCAUUUUGUGGUCUAUGUAGGAGAAGAAUUGAGGAGAUAUUUUGUUCCAACAUCUUAUUUGAGGAAUCCCUCUUUCCAGCAAUUGUUAGAGAGGGCUGCAGAAGAGUAUGGCUAUCCUAGCCAGAAAGGCAUUAUCCUGCCUUGCGACGAAACCACCUUCCAAAGGUCACGAGUGCAAUGUGUUGUGUUUGGUGACUUUUUUGCUAAUUUUAUGAGGCUAUAA